CCGUGCCGCUGCCCAAUUCCUCGCAGGCAGCUCAUCCACGCACUUGCAGCUCCGGGGUAGAGCCCGGACCUGCACGCCUGGCUGUCUGUGGGUCCGUCUGCCCGGCCAUCUGCUGGUGGCACCUCUCUCUCCCGCAGCCUGCCCCCAUAGCCCCACCUUGCAGAAACACGGCGCGCCUCCACAGCCCGGGAGCUCAGCAUGCUUCCCGCAGGCUUCAGGAACGUCUUGCUGCUGGCGUCCUCCCUGCUCUUCGCGGGGCUGUCAGCUGUUCCUCAAAGCUUCUCGCCAUCUCUGAGAAUCGGGCCUGGUGCCGCUUGCAGGCUGUCCCGGGCCGAGUCGGAGCGCCGGUGCCGGGCGCCCGGGCAGCCCCCAGGGGGCGCUCUGUGCCACGGCCGGGGCCGGUGCGACUGCGGGGUCUGCAUCUGCCACGUGAGCGAGCCGGGCGUGUACUUCGGGCCCCUGUGUGAGUGCCACGAGUGGGUGUGCGAGACCUACGACGGGAGCAUCUGCGCAGGCCAUGGUAAGUGUAACUGUGGCAAGUGUGAGUGUGAUGAAGGAUGGUCUGGGGAUGCUUGCCAGUACCCAACUCACUGUGAUCUGACCAAGAAAAAAAGUAACCAAAUGUGCAAGAAUUCUCAAGAUGUCAUCUGCUCUAAUGCAGGUACAUGUCACUGUGGCAGAUGUAAGUGUGAUAAUUCAGAUGGAAAUGGACUCGUUUAUGGUAAAUUUUGUGAGUGUGAUGAUAGAGAAUGCAUAGAUGAUGAAACAGAAGAAAUAUGUGGAGGCCAUGGAAAGUGUUACUGUGGAAACUGUUACUGCGAGGCUGGUUGGCAUGGAGAUAAAUGUGAAUUCCAGUGUGAUAUCACCCCCUGGGAGAGCAAGCGAAGAUGCACAUCUCCAGAUGGCAAAAUCUGCAGUAACAGAGGGAUUUGUGUUUGUGGUGAAUGUUCUUGCCACGAUGUUGACCCGACUGGAGACUGGGGAGAUAUUCAUGGGGACACCUGUGAGUGUGACGAAAGGGACUGUAGAGCUGUCUAUGACAGAUAUUCUGAUGACUUCUGUUCAGGUCAUGGGCAGUGUAACUGUGGAAGAUGUGACUGCAGAGUAGGCUGGUAUGGGAAGAAGUGUGAGCACCCGAACUCCUGCCCGCUGUCGGCUGAGGAGAGCAUCAAGAAGUGCCAAGGGAGUUCCGAUCUGCCCUGCUCUGGAAGGGGUAAAUGUGAAUGUGGCAAAUGCACCUGUUACCCCCCGGGAGAUCGCAGGGUGUACGGCAGGACGUGUGAGUGUGACAACCGCCGCUGCGAAGACCUGGACGGGGUGAUCUGCGGAGGCCAUGGCACGUGUUCCUGUGGUCGCUGCGUUUGUGAGAAAGGAUGGUUCGGAAAGCUCUGCCAACAUCCGCGGAAGUGCAACAUGACAGAGGAACAAAGCAAGAGUUUGUGUGAAUCAGCAGAUGGCAUAUUGUGCUCUGGAAAGGGUUCUUGUCACUGUGGAAAGUGCAUUUGUUCUGCCGAAGAAUGGUAUAUUUCUGGAGAAUUCUGUGACUGUGAUGACAGGGACUGCGACAAACAUGAUGGUCUCAUUUGCACAGGGAAUGGAAUAUGUAGCUGUGGAAACUGUGAAUGCUGGGAUGGAUGGAAUGGAAAUGCAUGUGAAAUCUGGCUUGGCACAGAAUAUCCUUAACAAUUACAUGGGAGAGGACUGGAUUCUUAUUUUUCUAGGCCAUUAGAACAUGUAAAUGCAAAGGAAACCAUGUAUAAUCACCACUAGGACAGGUCAAAUAGACUAUUUUAUGUUUUUCUAUUUCUGAAUGCCUGAAUUAAUUCUGGAUACCCAUUAAAAAUACGUUAAGCAAACUGAUGUAAAUAACGCCAGAAACAAUUUCUCUUCCAUAAUUUUGUCAGUGGUUCUCAACGAGGGCAACUUUGCCACCCAGAAAACAUUUGGCAAUGUCUGCAGACAAUUUUGAUUGUCACACUGGGUGGGGUGGAAGGGCGUGCUAUGGCAUCUCGUAGGUAGAGGCCAGGGAUGCUGCUAAACAUCCUACAGUGCACAGGACAGCCCCCCGACAAAGAAUUAUCUAACUCCAAAUGUCAAUAGUGCCGGAGUGGAGUUGAGAAACACUGAAUUACAUUGUUGUUAGAAAUGCACAUCCCUACACAGGAAAGACCAUAUUUGAAUCUAAGAAAAAGACAUAUCCGCACAUAAAUCCAUCUGUCAUCAUAUUUUUCCAGGAUUCCAGACCUCUCAGCAUUUCCCUAUGGUGACAAUGAAGACAAACACACAUGAAGUAUAACGUCGUGGGGGCCAGAGGACAGAAGACCAGUGCUUUUGAAAAAAAGACUGGUCAUUUUUAGCUAUUAAGUCAUUUGUCUAGUCUCACUUUAAGCUCACAAAAUAAGAUUCUCGUAAGAUGAAGGAAGAAACUAUGAAACUAUGAAAAAUGUACAAUUUAACAAUUUUUAAUAAAUAGUGACAUGAGUUUAUACUCUGUGUCAAUAUAUAUUUAUAUUGAUGACCUACUGAUGAUUAACAAAAAGAAUGAAUUUUUAUUCAGGGGUAUCCAUUUUCUGUUACUAGAACAUUUUUUAAACUGAGCAGAGGUUACAUGUACAAGGAAUCUGAUUUUUCACUAUUUAAAUUACUCCAUGGUAACUUGCCUUUUAAAAAGACAAUAUCUAGUUAGAUAUAUAAUGGGCCUGAAAUAUGCAUUCAUUUCCCUUAAAAGAUUGUCUUAUUUCUAAGGAUACAAGACAAGAAGGGUCAUGCAUGCAAAGAAGUCAAGAAGAGAUACUGUGAUAAAAUGGCACCAGUCUCAAAAGCUCAGAAGAUUUAAAAAAAAAGUCUAGAAAUGGUUUAAAUAGAAAUUACAAAUAUCCACUCAGUGAUAGGAACAAAAUGUUUAUUUUCUUAAUGGUGAAAUUUUGCUCUGUAUGAAAUUCACAUUGAAUUAUGAAAAUGUACAAUAAUUCAGACUUCCCUUACAUAUUUACAGUUAAAUCUACUUACACACAUUAGUUUAGGCAACCAUUAAUUAUUUAGAGCUAAAAAAGAUCCACUUUUUUUCUAAAUGUGAAUUAUAUUUUGUAAAAUCCUAGAAUAAUGUAACAAAAUCAUUUCCAUAUUGUUUAAGAUGAAAAUUUUUACUUGGAAAUUUUACUUAAUGAUGUAAAUAUUCUAGAGUUAUGGCUUGGACUUUAUAAGUCAAAUCACCAAAAAUAAAGAAAAUGUGUAUCGGCUGAGUUACUUAAAAAUUUAAUACUGAAAAUUAUUUGAGAAAAUUUAACUGAUGCUGAUUUUUAUAUACUAAUAGUGUUCUCAUACUUUAGUGGAAUUAUAAAAUUAUUAUCUCUAUCCUGAGAUUGAGUGCAACCAUUUUAGUUGUAUCUGUGUUAUUAAGUCUGUCAAUUAAUAUAUCCAUUUUGUAAAAGGAGGGAAAUAUAAGCAAUUAAGAAAUAAUAUAGAUUAUAUUCUUUCCUCUUCUCUACCUAAGCAUUUUAAGCCUCAAACAAACCUGUUAGAAUUGUUCAGUAGCAGUUUUGAUGACUUAUUUGAUGAUGCACAAACAUGGAAAUUCAUUACAUUAUCUGGCCAUCAUAAUACAGAUGGCAGUCAAGCCGAUCUAUUGCAGAGCUCUGCUUUCUAUAAAAGACCUGAUAGUAAGUAUUUGAGACUUUGUGGGCCACAUACAUCUCUGUUGCAUAUUCUUCUUUGUUUAUUUGUUUGUGUUUAAUACUUUAAAACUGUAAAAAAGAAAAUAAAAUUCUUUCUGAGCUCCUGUGCCAUACAAAAAUAGAUGGCAAGCUAGAUUUGGCUCACAGCUGAGCAGUAGGUUGCCAACCUCUGUUCUGGAACCCCCCUAUGUCCCAUCACAUAACCGUAGAUGUGUCUUAUUUUUCUUAUAAUUCUCUAUAUUUAUCCCUUUUCAUUAAUAACAACUACAACAAAAGUGCUUCUCUUUUUAUAUUUUCGUAUAAGAAACGUCCUCAGCAUGUAUGUUUUUUACGAAAAAGUUUAGAUAUGGAGAAAUUAUUAUACUAUAAAGUUCAAAAUGUGAUUUGUCAAAUUUUUUGACAAAGCUGAAAAUAUGUUACAGUCAGCUCUUUUCUGGGUUCAUUUAACUACAAAUUAUUGAACCGAAAUUGAGUUAUAGCGUAAAUCACAUGGUAUUAAACUCUAAGGAAUGUUUUUCUUUUAAAACAGAAAUAUCUUCUUUUUACUUCUUUCUGCCUGCUGUAAUAUUUCCUUUGUGUGUGUGUGUGUCUGUGUGAUUUUGACUCUAGCAAAACAAAAUCAAUAGAUCUAUUAAGAAGUGAUUUAAUUUACAUGUUUAAGUUGGAAAAAAUAAAAUAAACAUAGUUACAUGUAAAGACAUAAAUUCUACCCUUCUUUAAUGUGA